GCUGCGCCACGCGAGCAGCGGCCGCGGGACCCGCACGGCUCGGCUCGGCUUAGCUUGGCUUCGCUUAUCUCGGCUCGGCUCGGCGCUUCUCCACCGCAGGUUCAACAGUGUGACCACUCUAUUGAUUCAUAUACUCACAACAAAGCCUUCAUCUGUCUCAUGGAUUAUAGAUCUAAAUUGAUGGCUUCAGUAACAGAUGCCAGAUACAGGCAGAAAGAUACUUCAGACCAAAAUUUUGAUUACAUGUUCAAGCUCCUGAUCAUUGGCAACAGCAGCGUGGGUAAAACAUCCUUCCUCUUCAGAUACGCUGAUGACACUUUCACACCAGCCUUCGUUAGCACAGUAGGGAUUGACUUCAAAGUGAAAACAGUUUACAGAAAUGACAAGCGGGUGAAGCUGCAGAUUUGGGACACAGCUGGACAAGAAAGAUACAGGACCAUCACUACUGCCUACUACCGAGGAGCCAUGGGCUUUGUGCUUAUGUAUGAUAUCACCAGUGAAGACUCCUUCAAUGCAGUGCAGGACUGGGCCACACAAAUCAAGACUUACUCCUGGGACAAUGCACAAGUGAUCCUGGUUGGAAACAAAUGUGACAUGGAGGAUGACAGGAUUGUUCCUGUGGAGAAGGGGAAACACCUGGCGGAUCAGCUCGGUUUUGACUAUUUUGAAGCCAGUGCCAAGGAAAACAUCAAUGUGAGGCAGGUGUUUGAGCGUCUUGUGGAUAUAAUCUGUGAAAAGAUGUCGGAGAGUGUAGAAUCAGACAAUUCCAGGGGCACUUCUGGAAGGAGCAUGAGACUCACAGAUAACCCACCCCCUUCGCAGCAGAACUGCUCAUGCUAGUGACCCUUCACUCUGAGAAAUGUCCUUCUCCCUUCCUGACUAAAUUUUACAUUUUCAUUUGUGGUGAUGCGUUAUCAUGUAGUCCAAAGGCAGAAGUCUCUGUUGUAGGGAGCUGGUAUGUUUGUUUAAUGCGCUGAAGUGUUAAUAUUAUGUAUUUCUUCAUCUAAUAAUUUAAAAAUCUGAAAAAAUAUUGUAAGUGCACCUUGUGUGGAUGUGAGUUACACUGACGAAAAAUAAUUGUUUGGUGUUUCAAAUGUUAUUUCCACAGAGAAUGUUGCAUUUUUAAUUAUAAAUUCCUCUAUUGCAGAGAUUUUUGUCAAGAACAGUAGGAAGCACAAAAACCAAUUAAGAGGGACCAGGUCUAAAAGAAAAUGGGGGAAAAUCUUUUAUAAAGCAAGAUUAUACUUUUUUGUUAACCUAAAGCCAAAGAAAAAAGAAUCAAUCCCCAGGUAUUUUGAGAGUUGUCAUUGCUGUCCUGGAGACAUGGGCCUCAGUUUUCCUGUACGAUGGAGCAGAAAGCAGAGCAUGUCUGCCUGACAGUGUGAGGUCCUUCAGAGAGCGAAGAGGAAAGUGGGUGGAUUUUGUGUCAAGUCUCUAAAUAGAGGAAGAACACAUGAAGGAAUCAAAUCUUCCAGGCAGGGGAAGAGGAGGAGGCCUUGCAGCCAUAUCUGCAUUACCCUGUGCUUUGGCUGGUGAGAGCCCUUCUAGGGGCUGCCCUUGCCUCCAGACUUCUCCCCCAUCACUAGUAAC